AGUGUCCCUUUGGGCGGGUGUUGUGCUGGCUCUGUCAGCCGAGCAUGGCCCCGGCUGCAGGACAACCCCGCUGGCGCCGCCGUCCUGCCGGGGCCGGAGUUGGGGGGAUGUCCUUGGCCUUCCCUGUGGGCCGGAGGCAAAUCCCCUGCCUGUCCUUCUUGCUUCCUGCCCCAGGCCCCGAGCUGAGGACGGAGAGCCCGGAGGACAAAUCCCCCCGUGAGACCCUGGUGGGAGAGGCCGUUUUGAAGGGCUCCCCGGCGCAGGAAGGCAGCGGGGAGGAAAAGGGCCGGAGAUCCCCCCGCAGGAGGGGCUCCAAAGCCAUCCCAGGGUGCUCUGAGGAGGAAAGAGCCAGCCUGUGCCAGGAAGGUGGCCAGAGCUUGAGGGGGAGCUCUGAGCUGGUGGUCCCUGAGCAACCUCCCAGCAGGGAGAAGCCCUUCAGGUGCUUGGAAUGUGGGAAGAGCUUCAGGGGCAGCUUCAACCUGCUCAGACACCAGCACAUCCACAGUGGUGAACGUCCCUACAUGUGUAGGGAAUGUGGGAAGAGCUUCAGUGACAGCUCCAGCCUCCGCAUCCACUGGUACAUCCACACUGGAGAACGGCCCUUCAAGUGCUUGAAAUGUGGGAAGAGGUUUAAUACCAGCUCAUGUCUCCUCAGGCAUGAGCAGACACACACGGAUGAGAGGCCCUUCCGCUGCACCGACUGCGGGAAGGGAUUCAAGCGGAACUUCAACCUUGUCACCCACCGGCACAUCCACACCGGGGAACGUCCCUACAUGUGUGGGCAGUGUGGGAAGAGCUUCAGGAAGAGCUCCAACCUCCUCACCCACCAGCACAUGCACACUGGGGAACGGCCCUACAUGUGUGGGCAAUGUGGGAAGAGCUUCAGGUGUAGCUCCCACCUCCUCACGCACCAGCACAUCCACACUGGGGAACGGCCCUACAAGUGUGGGGAGUGUGGGAAGAGCUUCAGCCAGAGCUCCACCUUAAACCAACACCAGCGCAUCCACACUGGGGAACGGCCCUACAAGUGUGGGGAGUGUGGGAAGAGCUUCACCCGCAGCUCUACCUUGACCUCACACCAACAGACGCACCAGUAAGGGAAGCCCUACCAGUGCCCUGACUGCGGGAAGAGCUUCGGCCACUGCUUCCACCCCGAAUGAACCCCCUGAUGUUGAGGCAACCCCUGGAGUACAGUGACUGUCAGUCCAUUCAUUUGGACCAGAAUGGGCCAGUCCCCUUUCCCAGGGGCAGCUUCUUCCAACAGAACCCUUCUUGGAGGGGUGUGUGUGCAGAUUCCUGCUUUGGCUGGGGACCCCCCAAGGUCACUCCUGGAGGUUGAGAGCAGAGAUCUCCCCAUGAGCAUUGGUCUGGGGGAGUUCCAUCCAUCUCUAAUUAAGAAUUAUUGCUUUUGUGCCAGCUUGAGUAGAAUUGCUUCAACAAUUGCUUUAGUGUAGAGCACUGUCCUAUCUUAUCCUGUACUCCUGGUAGUUUUAGUGUUUCUAU